GUUUCUUUUUUCCCUUUUCUUUCUUCUCUUUAAUCUUGUAUUAGUUUUUUUUUUCUCCUUUUUUUUUCUUUUUCUUCUUGUUCAGAGUCUUUUGAAUAUACAAAGAUGACAGUGGGAGAAGCUAGUAGCUCUCGAGGUUCUAUAAGCAAAUUCCCUCUCUCCGAUGAAAAUGUGGAUCAAGUAAUAACCAAGGACGUGAGCGAAGAAAGUGAUAGCGCGUCCAUCGAAGAAUUGCCUCGCCAAAAAUCGAGAACCGCUUCAUACUUCAAUGUCAUUUUCAGUGGAUUCGCUUUGCUUUCCGAUGGUUAUCAAUCAGGUGUCAUCAGUACAAUCAACCUGCUCCUCACAAGAAUUUACGGUAAAGAGAUCUUUGACGACACAACCUCGUCUCGUUUAUCCUAUUCCAUGUUCGUGGGAGCCGUGGUCGGUCAACUAGGCUUCGGUCUCUUUAUCGAUCGUAUCGGUCGAAAGAUGGGUUUAAUUGCCACCACCGUACUGGUUAUCGUAGGUGCCAUCUUAUCAUGUGCUUCCAGUGGUAGCACGCCACAAGGAUUGCUUUGGAUGAUGGUCAUUGCACGCGGUGUUAUCGGUGUAGGUGUCGGUGGUGAGUACCCUUGUUCUAGCGUUUCUGCCGGUGAGUCUGCAGACGAAGUAGCACCGGGUCGUCGCGGUACUCUGUUUGUCUUUGUGACAAAUUUCGUGAUCGAUCUUGGGUAUGUCAUCUCUGCCAUUGUACCUGUCAUAUUGCUCGCCAUUUUCAAAGAUAACCUUGAACCAGUGUGGCGUUUAUCGCUCGGUCUCGGUGUCUUACCACCGUUAUCGGUUCUUUACUUCCGCUUAAAGAUGGGCGACACCAAAAGCUAUCAAGAAGGCGCCAUCAAAAGAGCGGUCCCUUACUGGCUCAUCAUCAAGCGUUAUUGGUUCCGAUUGCUCAUUGCUUCGGGAUUAUGGUUUGUCUAUGACUUCAUCUCGUAUCCAAGUGGUGUCUUUUCUACCAUCAUCGUUGACAAAGUGGCCCCAGGAGGAAAGCCCAUCACCGUCAUCGCAUGGAACAUCCUCUUGUACGGAUUUUAUCUUCCCGGUGCUAUUGGUGGAGCCUUUGCAGUAGACAAGAUCGGACGAAGACGUACCUUGGCGAUUGGUUUGCUUCUUCAAGGUAUUGUAGGCAUUAUCAUGGGAGCUGUCUAUGCACCAUUGACCGAAAACUGUUAUCCCAUGUUUAUUGUCAUGUUUGGCCUUUUCCUUGCAUUGGGCGAAUUCGGUCCUGGUGACUGUAUGGGAUUGAAUGCAAUGGAACUGUUUCCUACCGCUGUUCGUGGUACGUGCUACGGCAUUGCUGCUGCUUUCGGCAAAGUUGGUGCAACCAUUGGUACGUUUGCCUUCGUUCCGAUGCAAAAUUCCAUGGGUGGUAUCCGCGGCCCCUUUUUGGUGGGUAGCGGUAUCGCCAUUGCAGCCAGUAUCGUUGCCUGGUUCCUUAUUCCCGACAUUGGUCCCGAAGGCUUGGUGGAAGAGGACUUGGCUUUCAAAGCGUACCUGGCUGAAAACGGGUUUGAUGUCACCCAAAUGGGUAUUGCUCCCAAGUCCACCGCCCCGGUCGAUGAUGCAGUGGCUAAACCCACGAGUUCAUCCGAGUAAGCGAGUGAUUCUCCUCCAUUCCCAUUGUUUCUAAUGCUUUUUUGUCUUUUUUACAUAUUCCCCUUUUUAUCCAUAUAAUUUUUGUUGUUUUCAUGGAAACAUUAUAUAACAUUCGUAAUUAUACACAAUUCCUUUUUUUUUCUUUCUGGUCAAACAAAAAAAUAAAUAAAAAAAAUCCGGAAUAC